UCCGCGGCGGCGGCGGCGGCGGCGAUGACGGCGGCGGCGUUGGAGCACAGGCAGCGGCCGCGCCGCUGCUGCAGUACGGGGCCCGCGCUGUGCUACGAGAUCGGCUCGCCCGACGGCACCGAUGGCGGCACGGGAAGAGCAGGUGAUCAGAAGCCGCGUGCCGACGACGACGAUUACAUCACGAAGAGGAGGAUCCCUCCGCCGAAGCCCAAGCGUAACCCCAGCACCCGGCUCAGCGGCCUGUACGGCGCGAGGAGCGCCGCGUUGGCGCUGCCGUCGCGCCCGGCCUCCACGCCCGUCAUCCUUGAGCGCUCCUGGGCGCGGCCGGGCCACACGGCGCUCAAGGACCACCACCCGCCGCCGUGACGACGACGACGAUGACGAAGACGACGACGGAGAGCCGGUCUACAUCGAGAUGGUCGGCGAAUUCGGCAGAGAUGCCGAGCAGCAGGAGGAGGAGGACACGGCCACCGCAGCUGCCACCGCCGCCCCUGCCACCGUCGGCACUCCGGCGUCGCGGCCCGAGCAGGUGGAGUCGGAAUACGAGGAGAUGAAGUACUACCCGGUUUGCUUCUCCACGCUGCGAGAGCCUGCCGACCCGGGCAAGCGCGGCGCAUUUGGCCUGCCCUGCUACCGGAGGCCGCAGCCCCACGGCCACGCCGAUGCGACUAAGGGCUCGGAGGGCAGCGGUGGCGACGGGAUGCGGUCGGGGCUCCGCGACGAGCUGGCCAACCGGAUCCCGCCGCCCUUCCCCGAGCUGCAGCCACACAGGCCCCCUCUGCUGUCGCUGCCGCCAGAACCGGCUUCGGCGCCGUCGGCGGCCGGCGCCGCGGCGUGCCCCUCGGCCUCCGCGUUCGCUGACGUGGCCGAUGCCAAGCAGGGUGGCGCGCCGGGCGCCAGCGCCGGUUACGCGAGGCCCCCUCCGGGCCCGUCUAAGGAGCUCGAGGCGCCGGGGAAGGAGUUUAAGGACGCGGAGAGGGAGGUCUGCGCCCCGCUGAGCAGGGGGGCCCUGAGCGGCGCCGAGCGGCCGUGCCCGGCUCCCGCGCAGCCGCCACUCCUGCUGCCGCCGCCGCCGUCCUCUAAACUGUCGUGCAAGCCGGGCCACGCUGGCCUGUGCCUUCCGGGACACGGCCAGGCGCCCAAGUCGUCGGCGUCCGAGAUUUCUGAUACGACGAGCCCCAAGAUGCCUCUGGGCCACCACCGUCACCCAAAGUCCCACUCCUACACCGCGCCGGCCGCGGCAGCCACGGCGGCGGUGACGCACGCGGGGGGCUACGGCGCUCAGGCUCAGGUGUCCUCGCAGAUGAAGGCAACGGCGGCGGAGGCCAAGGCCUACGAUCCAAAGGCGGCCUGCCCGCGCGUCCACCGGCCCCAGGAGGUCACGGGGUUUCAUGCUCCGCACGUUCCCAAGGCCCAGUCCCUAAAGAGCUGCCAGGUCAAGGCCCAGACCUUCCCGCAGCCGCACGGGGCCUACAAGCCAGCCUCCGGCCAGGCCAAGCUCCAGGACUACGCACGGGCCAGACCUCCAGCCUACUCACAGGCCCACCAGCCCCCAAACUAUGCACAGGCCACGUCCGAGAUUUACACGCUGGCUCAGUCGCUGGCCUUCUGCAGGGUGCAGUCGCAGAGCUGCACAAAGUUCCAGUCGAUGGCCCCGCAGGCGAAUAGCCACCGGCCUUGCGUGCAAACACAGUUCAGCGUGCCGCCGGCCGCCAAGGCACAGCCGGGCUCUUCGCAGCAGCCCAACCACCACCGCUACUUCUGCCAGGAGACGCACAUCACCACCUACUCGCGCGGCACGCCGCACGCCACUGGCGGCUCCAAGAGCCACACCGUGCCGCCGCACGCCAAACUCGGCUCUGCCGCGUGGACGUCCGCGCAGGCGGCCGGGAAUCCCAGGGCCGCUCAAGCCGAGGCCCAGGCUCGGACGCGAGCUCCGGCCACCGCCACCGCCGGCGUCGGCGCAGCUGCCGGCACAGGCGACGGCGAAUCUGGGCACAACCAGCAGGGCAGCUGCGUGCGGGCGCAGCACACACAGACGUACCCGCAGAGCAGGGCCCACGGCGACGCGCGUUUCGGGUACCGCCAGCAGCACCACUCGGCGGUGGCGGCGGCGGCGGGCGGCAGGCCUCUGACGAGCCCACUCGACGACCUGGCCUUCGUGCUCGUUACGGGCAGGCCUGCGCUCAGGUCGUCACCAGCCGGCAAGCAGCUUAACGCGUCGGUAGAAGACAUUUGCGACCGGCUCAACGGGAACGUGCGAGCGGAGAGAGAGUACCGCACGGGGACGCCCGGCGUCGGACGCCACAGCACGGCCACCGCCACCGUCACCACCGUCGUCACAGCAGCAGCCGCCGCCGCCACCGCCACAACGACGACGACGACAACGACAACAACAGCCGACUCGCGAGCCAACAACAGCAACAUUCACCCGUCCCCGGAUCCGGCAGCCGGCACAGCGGAGUCGAGGGUCAGGGGUCACGUCACGGGACCGCCAUCUGUCGCGUCCACUCCUCGGCCGCUCCCCUCGUCCGCCUCCUCGUCGAACCUCCACCCCUGCAGACGAAGGCCGCACUCGCAACCCCUGCCCUAGCGAACCCAGGUGAAAUCAACGUGGAGGCGUUGGUGGCACCGCAAAGUUCGGAGCAACGCACGAGGAUGAAGGAACAUGCUAAGAAGCCUGCAGCUUAAAUAACAAAAAAACAUAAACGCAAAGCCUUGAAAAUUCACCUAGCUUCUCUUUGUGUCUAUUUCUAUCCAAUUCGAUGCUCGUGGGAUCAUAUUGACAAACGCGUAUUAAGAAUGCAAAGUCAGCCGCGAUGAGUUCAAAUGUAAACGUAAAACGCACGUGGACGACAAAUUGCCGCUUUCUAACAAAAACGUGAAACGAAAAAUUCAGUGGCACUGCACGAGUGGGCAUUAAAAAAAUGUUAACAUCACACAGUGACAAUGCACAGGGAAGGGUUGAGUGUCAAUGUUGUUGUGAGACGACACGCAAAAUCCGUCAGAGGGUGUCAUUGGUACAAGUGAACGAAGCAGUGGAUUGUGUUUUGCACGGCAGGCCUAUUGUAGGCCUUGUAAUUGUGGGUGACAAUUCCUAGUUUGUCAGGGGUGGCAUAGUCAAGCUAGACUAAUAAAAAGAUUGGCAGAAGAAUUAAAAUAUGAUCUUUUUGAAAGUUAGCCAGCCUUGUGGAUGGAUGAUCAAAGGUCAUGGCUAUUCAUAAAUAAAAAAAGACGAGAUGCAUGUCAUUUGUCUGGCCAUGAUCUGGUGAAGAAAUGGUGUGGUAGCGUUCUUAGUUGUGUCGGUCACGUGGCACGAUGGGCGGGAAUUUGGUCGAGAGCAGAGGCACUUGGUGGUGUUGGUGGGAGGGAGCCUUUGGUAUGUGGUAGCGGUGAGAACAGAUAAUACGUGCAUUUAUACGGUUUUUAAAGUGAAAUGGCAGGACCAUAUGAACCCAUCAAGUCACACUGGAUACCUCUGCAAGGGUUGGGAACUCGAAGGCUGUUUGUUUGCUGGCCUCGUAGUGUCGUCUCCAGCAAGGGGAAAAUCAAGUUGGAACGUGCACCAUACGCUUAAAAGAAAUCCAACAGGGUAAAAUGUAAUUUAUAUUUGGAAAUCUUUGUAAGUGCGCCAUUUGAUGAAUGCUGGCUUAAACGACACGGUAACUUUUGAAAACAAAUAUUUGAAUAAGAAGUAAAUGUGGAUUUUUAUCAGGACAUGGAAAUGGCCCGUAAGCUAUGAUGAUGAUGGCGACGACAACAGCAAUGAUGUGAAAUUAUUUGAGCAUUGUGAUUUUUACAGCUUUCAACCCGGGGGGGGGGGGGGCGGAAGGUGGGGCAAACGAAAGGGGUCAAGUAAAUGCGUACGCGAGAGGGAGUUCUCUUUAGUCUGCAUCCCAUGGCCAUUGGCGAUUGGCUUCGAGUUAGCUCAGAGUUUGUGUUCAGAUGAGUGUCUAGGUUAGUCGUAGCACGGUAGUCAGCGCGCUGUCGUAGAUUUCUCCUCGAAGGAAAGAAAACAACGCACGAGCCAAUAUCUUCUUUACGGCUCAGAUUCACCGCACACUGCCAGGCCCCCCUUGCAAAUGAACUAUUCUGUCUCAUUUCUUCAUCAUUAUUCUUAUUGUUAUCAAUCAUUUCACGCUUGUUUUAUCCACGAAAAGAACUUGCUUUCCAAACCGUUAAUUUGCGAGUAAUUUUUCAAAGAUUUGCGAAGUGCGGACCGUGACUGCGGCAGACGACAGCCGACUGUUCCUCGAAUCACGUCGCAGGGAUUUCUUAACGUGAAACUGUGAAGCAGACGGAACGUAGUCUUUAGUUUUUCGGUAAAGUCACGUAGAUAUACGAAUAAAAAUAAAGUGAAUAAAAAAAACACGACGUUUCGAUCACAACACAAAUAUUAACUUUCUUUUUUUCAUUAUUUUCCUAUCUACGUGACUUUACCGAAAGAACCAAAGAAUAUGCAUUCCUGCAGUCACGAAAGUUUGAAGUCAAAAUUCAGACGGAACGUAUUUUAUGGUUAAUGCACGCACCGUAGGUUAAUACGCACACUGUAGUAUUAACCAGGGCUGCCUGCCGGAUGCUGACCUUUGCUACAAUCGGCGAUGGCGCUACCGCUGGGCCAUGUCACCACCCAAUUAUUUCUCCCCGACAUUCCAAUAAAAGACCGUUAGUUUCACGGCAGUUCUAUGCGAGGUACAGAACAAACCCAUAAAGUAAUGAAAUGUAAGCAUAGCUCAGUUUAAUGCCUCCACAAAUAAAUACAAAUAUGUGUUUGGCUUGCUGCCCAUUGGAUGGAUUUCCAGGCCAGUAUUAUCAAGUAGCAGCAUUAGUCUCAGCAAGAAAACUGUGGACCGGUUUGGACCAUCUGGGUUUCAUCAGUAGAAUCAUGCUUGUUAAAAUAAAAAAACACAUUCUGCUGGGUUACCAUGUUAUUGACUAGAUGACUCAAUAUAAACCACUAAACCCCAAUCACAAAAUGCAUAGAGCGGAGUCCGACUUUUAUAUGUGUCUAUCCAUAAUGUACCGUGGCAACCCAUGCAUUUGUAUUAUAACAAUUGUUUGUGAAAAUAUUAUACCUGGAUAAUCUCUUGAGACAUAACAUCUCAUUUGCAAGGGUUUCCAGGGUAGAUAAGGGUUGACAGGGUGGCCUUUGAGGAACGCCCAGUGGAUUUCUUAAAUUAUUCCAAACCACGUGCGAAUUUUUUGUUAAGGAAAACAACGCGUCGAUUAAUCAAUUAGUAUCGAUUAUUAACAUAAACGCAUAUGUAACAAUCGAUGUGAGAUUGGUAACGUCCUUCACGUGACACCCCUCCUUCCCCGACUCCUUCCCCUUGCAGCCACUAGAGGCCGCAACUUUCAUCACAAUUGUGACUGAGAUCAAUCGAUUGCCGAAACACGUGACCCCGAACUGUACGGAGCAGCGCGUGGAACUCGGUGCCUAUGAACGGGCAGAGAGGCGUUAAGGCCACUCGCCCUGUUUGGGACGUGCGUUUGGGAGGGGGGGUGUGUUUGCCCAAUUGACAAUAAUCGACAUAGAAUUCCCUCCCACCCUCCCCGCUUUGUGAACGCGACAAAUGAUCAAACGACAUCAGUGUUCAUCGCUGCGCUGCCUCUCAAGAAUUAUUUUUACAAUCGGUACGCUUGGCAGGUACGCGCGUGUGCCAAAGACUUUGGCCUAAGUUCGUCGACAAAAAGUAAUGACUUGGUGGUCAUGCACCGAGCCGCUUGUGUUGUGCCAAAUUUCAGCCAUUCUCAAUGCUUCCCACGACAUUGUGGGUAUGUGUGACCAUACUUCACCACGCUGGUUAGUAAGAGAUGGAGUGGGGGGGGGUGCAGGACUGCUUCUGAUCCCGCUCACCGCUGAUGUUUGCCGUGGACAGGAAUCGAGUUUCAGGUCGCCGGGUUCAUCGUGCAGCGCGCUAACCGCUUUGCCACCACUCCACCCUGUGUUGUAUAGCCACUGCAGAAAUCACCUUUCACUCUGGAAUGUCCCACUUUUUGUUCUCCAUUUUUAUUUUAACGAAACACGAAAAAAAACAAAUAUUUGAAGACUAUGCACAGGGUUAUAUGUAAUAAUACAAGAGCGGUGUAUUACUGUACAGAUAUGUGUAUUGAAAACAGAUUAGCCCUCUGUCAAUCCACUGCUGGAUGAGGACCUACCAUGCUGUAUUGGCCAUGGAGGUUUGUUUACCCAUAAUUCACCGUGUUGGUCAGUGCAGGUUCGUUAAUGUGGUGGGGGGUGGGGCGGGGGGGGGGCAGUUCACAUGUCACUGACCACUCGUUAGCCAUGGGAUUGUUAGCCAUGGCCGGGAAUGGAACUCAGGUUGCCGGGUUCAAUGGCACACCACUCGCUAACCCCACUGCCCCCUCCUCUCUCUGCCCCCCCCCCCCCAUCUCAACCCCUCGCCCCCACAAAAAUCUGCAUAUGCUGCAAGCAACUGCACUUUUUUGUAUAAAAUCAGCAGUUUGAAGGCCGUGUCGCGUGCGCAACUGGUCCGGGCUCAGACUCGAGAUAUUCAAAACGGCUUACGCGUUCGUGCUUAAACUUUGCGUCCGGUAGCCGGCAACCUCGCUAUGUAUUCCCUUUGUUUCUGGUGGCUGGAUCACAUCUCGCAUCCGAACUGCGAGGAAUCCUGCUGCGGCGAACAACCACACCUACCCGCCGAAUUCAUCUUCGUUCCACUUACGUUUCCGCCACCGCAGGCAAAAGCGCGAAAGCAGUUUUUUGCCGCGUCGCGCAAAAAAAAAAAACAUUUUGACGUCCGCGUUCUCGAACAGUUCCCGGGGGGGUGGGGGGGGGGUCCCAUCCGUGUCUUAUUUUCUCGACGAGCCUUGACCAAUCACCUCGUCGACAGCGGGAUAUCCGCGACCCACCGCCGCACACCGGUUCAAAGCGCGGUAUUCUUUUGCCAGGGUAAAAAAAAAACGAAAAAACUUAAGACGACGAAUCCUCGGAUUGGAAUACCGGCUACAGCCCCGCGGAAUGCGAGGGACGCUUCCCAAGGCCUCGCGGGCCCAAACAGCGGGGCCGCCGCCGGCAGGGAUGGCACGAAUAGUAACAAUCACGCCUCGUGGCAAGACGGGGGCCUUGCUGGGUUUGAUUGCCGACUCGGGCUCCUUUGUAUGUUCACCCCCCUCCCCAACUACCCCCCCCCCCCCAUCUGUUCUGCAUGGGUUUCCUCCCGGUGCAUCGAUUUUCUCCCAUUAGUUAAACAAACAAAGACAAAACCAUAGUGCAACAUCCCAAUGCUGAAAAUGUACCCGCAAAUUUACUCGUUCUGGACGAUGUAUAAGCAACAUUGCCCCUCUCCCCCCCCCCCCCCCCCAAAUAAAACUAAACGAGUCUUGAGACUCACUCAUUUUUAUUUGAGCUGGUAAGGCCAGUUGUGCCAGAACAGCUCAUUUUACAAGGACUCGUGCACGGCUUUCCUCGGUAAACAAGCAGAACAACUCGAUAAUAAUAAUAGUCACCAAUGCGCCGUGAACCACUGGUUGGAAACCACCAACAGCUUGCGUCGCUCCCCGGCGCAAAUCGAUGAGGAAGUCGCGAAAAUUUGAAAGUCGUUGCUUUGGUUCCCAAAAACAAUGUGUAGCGAGCGCUCUUUCGAAUAUUUUUGGUUUGUUAAAUAUGUAUACAGGUUUCCCGUCGCUUUAUGCGGGUUCGGUUAUAUGCCAUUUCGCGUAUAUGCCAGCUAACCUAUUUAUACCCGCAAUCCGCUCUACCAUGCGGUCUUGAUUUCGCUCGUUGUGCGCCCCUUAAAUUUUCCCGAACGCAUCUAACUAUUACUGUGUCAAGCGAGUGAAACCUGUGUGCAUACACGUUUAUAAAACGUUGGAACGUAGAAGAGGUCGCAAACGGGUUUUGAUACCUUACCCGUACCCGGCCGCACCAGGGUCGCAAACGGGUACCCGUACCCGGCCGUACCCGUACCAUACCCGUACCCGGCCGGGUACGGGUAGGGUACGGGCAUCGGGUACCUGAUUGCGACCUCUGGGAUGAAGCCAUGUUGCAGGCGCGGGUGGGUUGAUUCUAGGAACUUGAAUUGUGAGAAGAGACAAGACGUUGGGAAAUGAGUGACAAACGGUUACUCACCAGUGACUCACGGUCUACCCGUACCCGUACCCGGCCGCACCAGGGUCGCAAACGGGUACCCGUACCCGGCUGGGUACGGGUAGCCGGGUAUCGGGUAGGGUACGGGUAUCGGAUACCCGGUUGCGACCUCUGGAACGUAGUCCCCUAAAAUGUGUACGCGCUGAACACGGAACUCGCCUUGGGUUAAACCCCAAAGACUUCAAAACCGCCCGCAGCGGUUGAUUUGAGCUGCCGUAGUUUGGGAACUCCCUGAUGCCAACAGUCGUAGACAAAAUAACCCCUUUUGCGAACGAUCGGUAUGGGACGACACGUCCCCUUCUGCAGCCAGUCAGAUUCGUGUGACACGUGACCUCUGUGUUGCGUUUCAAACGGUUACAAAAGUUUUAUGCCAUCUUCACUCAAACUGUUGGACUCCCCACAACACUCUCAACCAGGCUUAUUGAUAUCGCACGGUUGGCUAUGUAUAGUGCGAAAGAAGCUUAACAUGCAUUGUCGGAGAAAACGGAAAAACGCUGUUUAAUUAAGUUUACCCAUUACUCAAACCCGCGUCGUCUCAUGGAUGUGCCAAGAUAUUUAUCCGUAUGACAUAUUGGUACCGUAACAUGAUCACAAAUCUCCGGGCAAUGGAAUUAAUUUACUCAAAUGCUACCGUGCACAAUACCCAUUGCUAUAACCAUUACAACUCGUAUCAUGUGUGUGUGUGUGCCGUGUAAUCACGCAGCAGUAACAAGACGUUUGUCACGAAAUUCAGUGUAAGUAGCAAUGCUUCCUACAGUCAUGUUUGUUUUUAUUUUGCAGAGAUAUUUCCAAUGUGCGAUCAAAACCACGCGUUGGAACUUAAGGCAUUUCCAAUUAGAAUUGUCCUAAGCAAGCAGUGCCCCGUCUGUGUUUGUCACUUUCAUUGGCCUCUUUGUCCACAGUGGGGGGAACUCGUUUUAAGUGCCCCCAAAAGAGUGGUUAAUUCCUUCCCAACGAAAUGCAAAUUCUCAUAGCUGGAAUAUGAUGAAUUAUGGUUCUUUCGGUAAAGUCACGUAGAAGGGAAUUAAUAAAAUAAUAAAAAUAAAACAUAAUAAAAUACAAUUCUCAAAAAAUACAAUAUGUAACAACAAUAACUAAAAAGGAUUGAUCAGCUGAUUAAUAUAUGUGGUGAUUGGUUCACCAGACUGACACCAUCAACUCACUACACAUGAGGACCUGCUUAAAUGGCAGGGGACGCAUUCCGGAUUUCAAACCCAGGAUCUCAGCUAUGCAUGCUCAGUGCUCUGGUAGAGUGUAAUUUCUCCCAUUCCACAUGGUCACCUCCGAGAAAUUACACAUAAUUUUGAAAUAAUAAUCGACAGCUACUUGUUAAUCCUCUGCUGGAUGAAAGCUCUCACCACGCCUUCUCUCUCAUGGCACGUGUUUGACCAUACUUCACCACGCUAGAAAAUAGAGCUUGGUAAAUGGGAGCACUGGGGUCUUGGUGGGGGGGGGGGGGCUGGUUCAGAUGUCACUCGCCACUGAUGUUAGCCGUGGCCGUAAAGAAAAUUUGAUUGCCGUUUUUAUAUAUCGCAGUGCGCUAACCGCUGCGCCACCACUCCACCCACAAUACGAUGGUAUUUAUCACCAGCUCCUUCAAUGGAGGAAUGGCAAAACGACUCGGGCUCCCUCAGUCCCGAAGCCCUCUCGUCGUGGCCAGGAGCCCUCGACGUUGGUGUUUAGCUCCUUAACACGUUGCUGCCAUACGCCACGGCAGAAUCAACAUUACCAGUUUAUCAUUGUGUUGAGUUGUGGACUCGCUGAGUCCAACCUGUCUGUUUGGGAAAUUAACUCGGGAUUUGUUUUAAUUGCCGAAAUAUCUCCUUUCUCAGACAAGUGCCCGCGGUGCGAUGUGUAAACGUCGCCACUUAGGAGGCAAAGGCGGCCGGGCGCGGUGCUGGCCACCCACCCCAACCUUCAAGUGCUUGCCCCAGAAAAAAAUCUGUUAAAGUUAUACGGGGGAUCUCUGUCUUGUCUAGACAACCCAGUGCUCCCAUGGCCCAGUACAAAUUCAAUAACCUGUUCGUAGGAACCGCUACGAUUUUUUUUUUAAAAAGAGUGUUUCAUUUUAUGUAAUGCACAACAACAACGGUGAUGUCAUCUGGACAUACAACGCAUGCUGGGAAAGAUUCCGGUUAUGUGUGUUUUUUUCUCUUUCAAGACACAUAAUUUGCAUAUAUAUUAUAUGAUGUAUCCUUCGUUGACUUAAUUUUAUCACGUUUAUUUGCCACAUUGAUAAUCGCGAGCCAGUGUUAACUUGGGAAAACGGACGUCGUACGUUAGCACAUCCAUCUGUCCUUAAUUGUGUUAAACAAAAAACUAAAAUCCCUAGGUGCCAAGUAAUGUUCACUAAAGCCUAGAGUGUGCGAUGGGACUGUGUGGAAAAAGAAAAUGUGUUUGUUGUCCCAAGCAGGGCACUGCUGGUCACUUACCAUCAAAUGGGCACCACGGUGGUGAGAUGUGAACUACCUCGCCUGGUAUACAGGAAGUUGUUGGUUCGAUCCCGACCCUGACGCCUGCUGUAUAUUUGGGGUUUGCAUGUUCUCCCCGUGGUCGCGUGGAGUUUUCUCCGGGUCCUCCGGGUUUUCCCUCCACAUUUAAACAUGCGUUAGAGUAUUUAGCUGCAGGAUAAGCCACUUCGUUGAGCUUUCAUUAGUGGCCAGGUCGCUCCUGAAAACGAGCUAUACAGCUCAGUGAGCCUUACCUAGUAAAAUAAAAGAAUAAAUAUAGUUUAGUUUUAAAACUGCUCUCUCUUAGCACAGCGAGACAAAUGCCACGGCGUGGAAUUGGUGGGUGUAUGUGUACGGAUUGUGGAAUGGUAAAUACCAGCACCGGUAUCCUUAAAGAAAAAAAUGAAUUCCUAUACAUAGUAGAUAAUGAUAUAUUUAUUACGAUGGGUGACUUGAAAUUGUGCCAAUAUUCGCCAAACAGCUAAACGACUGCUCACUCAAGCAAACACAGAAACAUGGAGAAACACAAAGGCAUUCGUGUCUUGCGUGUAGUGCGAAUGUGCGCGCGCGAGUGUGUGCGAGUCUGUGUGCAUGCGUGUAUAUUUGGCCUCGUGUACGCGUGCUCGCGUGAGUGUGGCUGUACUUGUGUGUGCGUGUACGCACCUGUGUUAAUUUGGUGAAUUGGGGGGAGCAGUGGUUGUAGUGGUUAGCGCUACGCUGCGCUGUGAACCUGGCGAGCCGAGUUCGAUUCCCCGCUCACAGCAAACACCGGUGACGAAUAUCUCAACCGGUCCUGGGCCUCCUCUAGGUCGACUCGGCCUCAAAUCAGUACCUGGUGCGGUGUUGUAAAGCAUCGCCACUGGGGAGACAAAAACGGCCGCGUUUGAUACUGGGCCACCCAUCCUCUCGUGCACUGGUGCCGGCCUUCAUAGGUCCUCGCUGACAGCACUCUCACUGACAGUCUGUUGAAGGCUAUACGGGGGAUCUUCGUGUGUGUAUGUGUGCACGCGUGUGAGUCUGUGUGUGUGUGCACGCGUGUGAGUCUGUGUGUGUGUGGGUGCGCGCGAGAAAGGGAGCGAGCGACGCAUCAACGAAUUUACACAAGCCAACCCCAAAACGUAACUCUCUAAAUUUGAUUUUAGGUUUUGCUUGAGCUGUGAAUAAAACAAACAGACAAAAAACCGACACAUUACGCUGGCCACGAGCCCCGGUGGGCUAAACAGACGCGAAUUGUUGGCGUUUUUAGUAUGGCCCAGGAUAUGUGCUUUGCAACACUGACAUGCAUUGUAUUUUUAAAUAUGCAACAAUUGUUUUUGGUGAAGAUAAAAAGGGGGACGUGGGAAAAACAGUUUUCAAAAGGUAAAAAGAAAAAAACUAUGAAAUAUUUAAUAUAAAAAAUGUGUGGGUUGUUUAAUAUUUAUAAUUUAACGUGUUUUAUAUGCUGUACACAAUUACAGUAUUUAAGACCGUACAUUUGUAUGUGACGUAUGCUGUAUUAUGCACUGUGUGUAAAGUGUAACGUGAAUGUUAUAAUACAAGGCUCAUUCAAACGAACUCUUGGAGACUCACGAAUCUUGUGAUGAGUUAAAAUAAACAUCGUUAUCCAUAAUGA